GUAUGCUCAUCGCUGUCCGCGGAAACAGACUGUGAACUUCUUUUCAUGGACCAAUGAGGAUGGACGGGAAGGCGUCUGGUCCUCCUGCCAAUCAGAGCCAACCCUUUGUCUCAGUACGGAGGUUGGACUAUGAGCUUCUGAAGUUGCUGCUGCUGCUGCUGCUGCUCCUGCUCCUCUCUCUCUGAAUGAAGAUUGAGCCUCACCCCAGACUGCAACUUCCGUCCUCUGUCCAACAUCGGAUUUGAGAAAGGGAGGAUUUGCAGCUAGAAAUCUCAAAACAAGAUCUUCUGGAGACAAUCAAUUGAUUGGCACGGGAAUACCAUCAGCCUUUGAAUCUUGUAGGAUUUUUUAUUUCUCUUUCAAAGCAGGAGCCUGCUUCGAAAGGUUUCAAACAUCACUGAGACUGAGGCACACAGACCUGAGUGAGAGUGUCCCAGUGAACUGACUGUGGGAAGAGCUUUAACUUGUCACACAGCCUGAAAUAGCAACACCUCAUUUGCAGCAGCGAGAGACAAUACGUAGUGUGUGAUCUUUCAGCCGAACAUCGAAGCUGGAGAGAGACAAGGAUUCCCACGUCAUGGAGAAACCGUGGAAAUGUGGAGACUGUGGGAAGGAAUUCAAAUUCCCGUACUUGCUUGAGAGCCAUCGCUGCCAUCACACCGGGGAGAGACCAUUCAUCUGCCUCAUGUGUGGGAAGGCAUUCACUCAGUCCUCUGCCUUGCUGACCCACCAGCGGGUCCACACCAGGGAAAGGCCGUUCUCCUGCUCUGUCUGCGGGAAGCGCUUCAGCGAUUCAUCUGCCCUGCGGAGACACCGGUGGGUCCACACCGGGGAGAGGCCAUUCUCCUGCUCCGUCUGUGGGAAGGCGUUCACCCAAUCACGCAUCCUGCAGAGACACCAGCAUGUCCACACCGGGGAGAGACCAUUCACCUGCUCCAUAUGUGGGAAAGGCUUCAUUGAUUCAUCUUCCCUGCUGACCCACCAGCAGAUUCACACCGGGGAGAGGCCAUUCUCCUGCUCUGUUUGCGAGAAGGGAUUCAGCUGUUCAUCCGACCUGCACAAGCACCAGCGGAUUCACACCGGGGAGAGGCCGUUCACCUGCUCUGUCUGUGGGAAAGGAUUCAGCUUGUCAUCCAACCUGUACAAGCACCGGCGGAUUCACACCGGGGAGAGGCCAUUCACCUGCUCCGAGUGCGGGAAGGGAUUCACCCAUUCAUCUGCACUGUGGAGACACCAGCGCGUCCACACCAAAGAGCGACCAUUCUCCUGCUCCGUGUGCGGGAAGAUGUUCAAUAAUUCAUCCGUCCUGCAGAGGCAUCAGCGUGUCCACACCGGGGAGAGGCCAUUCUCCUGCUCCGUGUGUGGGAAGGGGUUCAAUAAUUCAUCCGUCCUGCAGAGGCAUCAGCGCGUCCACACUGGGGAGAGGCCAUUCUCCUGCUCAGUGUGUGGGAAGGGGUUUAUUGAUUCAUCUUCCCUGUGGAAACACCAGCGGGUUCACAUUGAGGAGAGGCCAUUCUCCUGCUCCAUGUGUGGGAAGGGGUUUAUUGAUUCAUCUUCCCUGCAGAAACACCAACCUGUCCACACCGGGGAGAGGCCAUUCACCUGCUCGGAGUGUGGGAAAGGAUUCGCUAAUUCUUCUAACCUACUGACACACCAGCGGGUUCACACUGGGGAGAGACCAUUCAUCUGUUCUGUGUGCGGGAAGGGAUUCAUUGAUUCAUCUUCCCUGCGGAAACACCAGCACAUUCACACCGGGGAGUGGCCUUUCACAUGCUCAGAGUGCGGGAAGGGAUUCGCUAAUUCCUCCAGCCUGCAGAGACACCAGCGGGUUCACACCGGGGAGAGGCCGUUCCUCUGCUCUCAGUGCGGGAAGGGAUUUAGUCAGUCAUCCCAUCUGCUCAAACACCAAUCCAGUCACACUGAGUUGUGGAGCCUGAAACAAUUAUACAGCCUGGAAAGAGGAGUUCACAGGGGUGAGGAGCUGUACACGCGUUUGUGUGCGGCUGAAGCUUUGGCCAUGGAGAAACCUGAGGAAUCCCGCCCUGUGGAGAAACCGUGGAAGUGUGGCGACUGUGGGAAAGGCUUCCGGGUCCCAUCUGCCCUGGAGACCCAUCGGCGCAGUCACACCGGGGAGAGGCCAUUCACUUGCCCAGAGUGUGACAGGGCCUUCGCUCAUUCCUCCCACCUGCUGGCCCACCAGCGGGUCCACACUAGGGAUUGGCGGUCCAUCUGCCCUGUGUGUGGGAAGGGCUUUAUCCAGGCCUCCCACCUCGUGGCCCACAGUCGGGUCCACACGGGUGAGAGGCCAUUCAUCUGCUCUGAGUGCGGCAAGGGCUUCGCCCACUCCUCCCACCUUGUGGCCCACCGGCGGGUCCACACUGGGGAGAGACCAUUCGCCUGCUCGGAGUGCGGGAAGGCCUUCACCCAGGCCUCCCACCUCCGGACGCACUGGCGGCUCCACACGGGGGAGAAGCCGUUUGCCUGCCCGGAGUGCGGCAAGGCGUUCAGCGACCAGUCAUCCCUGCGCAGCCACCAGCGGCUCCACACCCGGGAGAUUCCUGGACAGAGCACUGGUGAGUGAACAGGAAACAAAAGCAGUCGAAACGUUUAGGGUUGCCAAGAGGUGAGGAAUGAAAUACAGUGCAAGAGAUUCAGGUUUUUUCUUUAAAUGCCUAUUCACAGCAUUGAUGAAGGAAGCACAUGCAAAGGUGUUAUUGACAGGUCAAGCUGGUUGGAAACAGGCGAGGUAGGAGUUUAUUGAAGGAAAACCUGUCCAACCUAGCAGCAACAAUGGAAAAGCAGCAUUGAGAGAGACUGCAGAAUCCCAGAGGUACAGAAGAAUUUGGGGACAUGAUAAAAUUAGCAUAAAGGUGCCACAAGGGAUUAAGGCAGAAAAUGACUGACUUUAUAUUCCACUCCCUUAACACAAAUGACAAUCUCUUUCUCCAUUUGUCAGUAGUAUUGAGGAGACCACCAGAUUUGGUUUCUUUACUUAAAUAAUGUAAAUACAUUUUGAAGUGGUUCAGAGCUAAUUUACUCACCUUAUAAUUGGGGACAAUGGGAUGUCGGGCUGGGCUUGUAUCAGUUAGAGCUGAGAAGAAUCCGAUGAUCUGAUGGAGGUGUAUAACAUCCCGAGAGGACUUAACAAUGUGAAUGUACAAACCCCUUCGUUCCAGAGACUAGAAAUGAGUGGACACAGUUAACAAAUAGGUGGCCUCUCGUUUAAGAUAGGAGAGUUUUGUUUUUCUCUCAGGGGUUCCCGAGUCUUUGGCAUUCAGUCCUUUAGAGACCAGCAUGGGGCUGGUGGUACAAUGCUUAGCGCUGCUGCCUCACGUCAUCAGGUACCCUGGUUCAUUUCCACUCUUGAGCAACUCAGUGUGUCACUUUUUUCAUGCCCCCCCCCCCCCCCGUCUGUGUGGGUUUCCUCCGGGUGCUCUGGUUUCCUCCCACAGUCCAAAUGAUAUGUGGGUUAUGGUGGAUGGGCCGUGGGAAAUGCAGGGUUACAGGGAUGAGGUAGCAAAGUGGCCCUGGGUGGAACGGUCAGUGUUGACCCGAUGGGGUGAAUAGCCUGCUUGCAUGCUGGAAGGACUCUGGAACUGCCUGAAGCCUGUAACUGACCAGAUGACACGUGGACACUUUCCUUACACUGCUUUUAUUCAAGCCUGCAGAGCCAUUUCCAGAAGACUGCAACAAACUCCCCAUAUAAUAAAAUACAUCAGUUUGA